AACUGAAGUUUACCGGCUGGUAACAUUAAAGAUAUUAACCCUUUUUAUAUCCGUAAAAUAAUAAUAAUAAUUUGAAAGAUUUAUUGCGUCGUUUGAGUUAAAGCUGCAAAUAAUCAACUAAGUCCUCCAUCUGUUAAUUCUAAGAUUUUGGCUAACGGGAUAUAACAUUGAUCUAGUCUCUGCAAAUGUCUACAAUUUAUUUAAUCUAAUCUGAAAUAUGAACAGAAAACCACACCAGGUUUCACAACAUUAAGUCAUAAUCAGUUGAAAUACUGUUUUACAAAAAAAUGCCUCCUUGCUGCUCCUUCUGGAUUUUUGAGGGGCACCUGGGAAAUUCAAGCAGCAUGUGGCCCGUAGUGUGGACUGCGAUGCGGACCUACGCGCCGUAUGUCACCUUCCCUGUCGCUUUCAUGGUCGGCGCUGUGGGCUACCACCUGGAGUGGUUCAUCAGAGGCACUCCAAAGCCUCGGGAGGAAGAGAAGAGCAUCUUGGAACUGAGGGAGGAAAGAAAGUUGCAGGAACAGGUGGGAACAGACGGCACUCAAGUGCUUAGCCUUAAAGAGAAACUGGAGUUCACGCCCAAAGCUGCUCUCAACAGGAACAGAUCUGAGAAGAGCUAACUCGUGUCGCGACAGACUUUUUUUUAUUUCCCUUUUCCAUCAAGAGGAUGGUUCCCUGGGAACCGAAGAGGUGAACCAGAGAACAAAAAAUCACCCAGUGUUCUACUCACCUGAGUAGUUUUCACUUGUCAUCUCCCGGCCGUCAGUAAACACAUAAAACCAAACACACUCUUGCUAUUCUUUGUAAUCAGGUAAAAAUCUUCUUUCGGUGAAUUUUCAUAAGAUUUGACGAUGCAUACGUGAACAUUUCAAUCAAGCCACUCUAAUAACAUAUUUAUUGAACCUUUAAGUGUUUAACUAAUUGAUUGUUUUUACUUGCUCCUCUCCACUUACAGAAAAAAUUGUUUAUUCUUGUCAUAUUUCAGCAGUAUGAGCCAGAUAUUAUUGUGGCUUCAUGAUUAAGUCACUCAAAUGUUUUUUGUUUUUUUUUUUGUUUUGUUUUUUGUAGUUUCAUUCAAAGAUAUUCCCAAGAUAAAUGUUUCUCAAAGUGAUUGUCCUUUAAUCUUUUCUGAAUGUUAGAAAAGAAGUAGUAAUUAUCUUGCUGGAAGUGGGAAAAGGAUGGCUCUUUGUUGUUCCUUUUAUCUCAUCUGGCCUUUGAAGGUGUGUGGCUAAACAAGACAGCAGUACAGGAGGUUUUGUUGGAGCUGUAAGGUUUUUAGGCGUUUUAUUUGUAACCUGAACAUGAUGCUUUCAUUUUAGAAAGUCUGGAUGGUUCAUGAGAAAUGAUAUGAAAUAAAGGAAAUCUAUGUUCAUAAAUUGAAAAA